AUGGAUGCCGCCGAGGAUCGAGAUGUAAAGCUGCAACGCGCAUCCGGCGACUUAGUGGCCGAGUUCUCAGCAAAACUCCCUUCGCUAUUGUGGAGAUCACAAAAUGGCACACCCCUCCGCACCCCACGCAAAUGGGCACAGGUAACAAAGACCGAGAAACUUGUCAGCCUCCUUGAACCAUUCCAAGAAUGGCCCCAACUCCUAGAUCCACACUUGCAGAAGCUGCUAUCCCCUUUAGUGGACGCUUUUCUGGCAUAUCUGAUCAAGCACCGCAGCCAGUAUGGUACGGCUUCACCGCGUCAGUCUCAGAUUGGAGCUCUUUAUCCUCUUCCGAGAGCUAUUUGCAGACUCUUGUACACGUUCUGCAAAGUCCGCGGUGUCAAAGUCAUCAGCCGGUUUCUAAACAACGAACCUAAGUACCUUGAAUCGAUGUUGCGAGCCUUCAUUCAAUGGGAUUCUGUGCAAGCGUUAAACAUUGAGGAUAUGGUUGACUCCGAGCGGCUGCGGUUGAUGUGGGAAGAGCGCUACGUGAUGCUGGUUUGGCUUUCGCAUCUGCUGCUUGCUCCGUUUGAUCUUUCUUCGUUAUCUUCUGACGAUAUCCCUGUGCCAUAUGACAAUUUACAGGGCUUAAAUUGGCUGCCUGUUGAGGCGCCUAUGAUUGCGAGGUCUCUUCUUUCGUUGUCAUUGCAUUAUAUCAGUGCAUCUGGUAAAGAAAGAGAAGCUGCCACGGCGCUUUUGGCUCGGUUUGCUUUACGUGGAGAUAUGCAAGCUCUUGGGGUCCUCAUUGGCCUGACGAACUGGGCUUUUGCUGCUAUUCGGCCCUCGGAGGAGGCUGAGUCGCCUUCUGUCUAUGGUUGCAUUGGUGUUCUCACGUUCAUUGCCCGUCUGGGUGCAUCAGGACAUGUGGAUGAUCUUGCUCCUUUGAUCAAUUAUAUUUUCCAGCAGACUCUCAGCGUAUCUCAAGGGCAGUCUGCAGUAUCUGCAACCAUUCAAGCUUCAGCUUCAGCUAGGAAGAUUGUGGUUAAGAUUCUUCGCAAUUUCACGGUCAUGGCUUUGUCUUUGAGUGAGCGUGGCGAUGGCCGCAUCUCGGAUGAUAACCUGUCUACUAUUUUGGAAGAUUCGAUCGAUCAUUUUCUGGUCUCGCUGGCUGAUAAAGACACUCCCGUGCGAUUUGCGGCGAGCAAAGCACUCAGUAUUAUCACCUUGAAAUUGGACGCAGAAAUGGGAACUGAAGUCAUUGAGGCGGUCGUUGGGUCGCUUGGAGAAAACAUCCUAUAUGAGAAAGAUGAUGGUUCUCUAAUUGUGCCCUCUGAAGCUCGGAAGAUUGGGGCACACACCCUCAAGUGCAAUCUAAGUGCUGUCGAUGCUCAGCGAUGGCAAGGACUGAUCCUCACACUAUCACAUUUGCUCUUCCGCCGCGCACCUCCAAUCCAUCAACUUCCGGAAGUUCUCCAGUCCCUUGUAUCCGGAUUAUGCUUCGAACAGAGAUCGUCCACCGGCAGUUCUGUGGGCACGGGAGUACGAGAUGCUGCCUGCUUCGGUGUCUGGGCUUUGUCCCGGAAGUAUACCACGCCCGAGCUGCUGGCACUUCAGUCCCAAGUAGUGGCAUCGCCAUCCGGCCAGAAGGAAGUCGAUGUUCUGCAGAAAUUAGCCGUGGAACUUGUCUGUGCAGCUUGUGUCGAUCCAUCCGGGAAUAUACGUCGUGGUUCUUCAGCUGCUUUGCAGGAGUUGAUUGGUCGUCAUCCUAAUACCAUCGCCGAAGGCAUUCCACUUGUGCAGGUGGUUGAUUACCAUGCUGUUGCCCGUCGUUCUCGUGCUAUGAUUGAUGUGGCUAAAGCAACGGCAUCUCUAGAUCAGAUUUACUGGAGUCCCCUGCUGGAUGCUUUGGUGGGCUGGAGGGGUAUUGGCUCACCAGACGCCGAGUCUAGAAGACAUGCUGCAAAGUCUAUUGGAACACUGAGUACUCAGGAGCUAUACAAGACUAUGCAGUUAGUUCUAGAUCGUUUGCUGCAAAGGUUCGCUGGUACUUCUCGCAGUGACGUGGAAUCACGACACGGAUGUCUGUUGUCGAUCGCGGCUACAGUUGAUGCAUUCACUGCUCAUUGGGAGGGUUCAGUGGAGACAAGAGAUACCGAAGAAGCUAGGGAGGUAUCCUCUCGAGUGGCCAAGGUCUGGGAGAUUUUCGGUUCUUCGUCAGGACCUACAGACGAUGACUUGACAUUCCAGACUUCACGCCCGGAAUUAACAGCAGAGGCAUCAUCAUGCUUGAUCUCCUCGCUUUCUCGAUCUACAACUACGAUCAGUCUGAUACGUCCCUCUGAGGCGCUUCUCGAUCGCACACUCCAAAUUCUGUCCGUGUGUGCAUCCCGAAGCGAUGAUACUUCAAUCGAAACGUCUUCAACUGCGUUAUCGCAACUUUUCCCUCUUCUAUCGACAUCGAAGCAAGAAGAAACUGUCCGGAUUUGGUUCUCUCAUCUUCAUAACUCAUGGCGACUGCCAACUGGUCGGGGUCAAAUUUUGGCUCUCGGUGCGGUCUUCAAGCAGCUAGAAGGACAAACCGAUCUCCAAGAAAAUAUUGUCACUGAAAUUCUUCGCUACACCGGGAAAGAGGAACUCAUUGAAAAACGAGUGGCUGCUGUUAAAUGCCUGGCUACCAGUAUUCUGCCAUACAUGGGUACGACUGAUACAGUUUCAGCCAGCUUCCUCGGAUUCUUAAAUGACUACACCACUGACCGAAGAGGUGAUAUUGGAUCUCUUAUCCGAGUGGAAGCAAUCCAAGCAGCGGCCAUACUUUUGAAAAGAGAAUCAGGAUCCGCAUUACGCUCACCCUUAGUCCAAAAUCUAGUCGGCAAUCUAUGCCGUCUUGCAUCGGAGAAGUUAGACAAGGUCAGGCUCCAUGCGUGGCUUUGUCUCCAAGAAUUCUGGGAGUCAGCUGUGGAUCUUCCCCCAUUGGAAAUGAAAUUUGAACACUUCAGUCACGUCUCAUCACAGGAGUACUUUGCCCAGCUGCUAACCUUGCAAAGCAUUGACUGGAUUCGUCUUCCCCUGUUGCAGGGAUUUGCUACAUCUACUAUAUCAGGCGCGGAAGGUCUUGUCCGAGCAUCUCGGUUAGCAUUGUCGCAGUUUCUGGACAAUCAGUCAGAAGUACGGCGACUGGAAAUUUUGAUGACUUUCCUCCAUGAUAUGUCUACAGUGUUGAGUGACAAUCUCCAAGAUGAUCGCUUUGCCAUCCCUGCUGUGGAAUUUGUCGCUUUCUUGAUUGAUAGCUAUAUCCCUGCCAUCCCUGAAGGCACAGAUCCAAGUUUCCGCAAACUCUUCAUCCUUAUCCAAAAAUCACAUCUCAGAUCGGCCAAUAUGGCUCGAUUGGAAGCGGCCGUCAAAGUAUAUGCUACAUUAACAAGAAUCGAUUCUCUGCGAGCUGAUGUUCUGAAGAAAAUGACGGGGCUGCUCCUGCAUCCUUUUCCAAGGAUUCGGUCCAGUGCUGCGGAGUAUCUGUUUGUUGUGACAGACACUGAAAUUACCAAGUUCGAGGACUGGUCUGCUCCGCCAAAGGAAUUAAAGCCGCAGGUUGAGAGUCUGCGGGCUAUUCUUGCUCAAUUAAAUUAA